AUGACGAGUCUCAAGAGACCGCAAGGUGCUGAUUCGUAUUCCCCAAACCUCUCGAGCAAAACCUACGUGAGGUCUACCAAGAGUGGCAAGGUCCAAAAGAUUGUACGCGAGGUCUAUCUUCGCCAAGAUAUUCCCUGUUCAUCUAAAUUGUGUUCGAGAUGUCUCGCUACAGCACCGAGGAACGCGGGCGGAGAGUUAAGCCCCUUCGUCCUCUCGGACAAACCAGCUGGAACCAAGGCUUUCCCGCAAGGGCAUUAUCUUGUUCCAGACACAAACGCCCUACUUAAUGCUAUGGACCUGUUCGAGCAGAGCUCGGCAUUUUAUGACGUUGUCAUAUUACAGACAGUCCUAGAGGAGCUGCGUAACAGAUCUUUGCCGCUAUAUAACCGGCUAAUUGGUCUAACCAAAAGCGAAGAUAAACGCUUUUAUGUCUUCUUCAACGAGUUCAGACUCGAGACAUACGUGCCUAGAGAACAGGAUGAAACUAUCAACGACAGGAAUGACAAAGCCGUUCGGAAAGCCGUCAAGUGGUAUAACGACCACCUAAACCAAAACAAGAGCAGACAGCUACCGGUAACGGUUAUGCUCACGGAUGAUCGAUUAAAUAUCGAAAAGGCCAAAAAGGAGAAGAUCCCAGCUAUUACCUUACGCGACUACGUAUCAGGACUCGAAGACGCAGAUCGAUUACUCGACAUGAUUCCCGAGUCACAGGAGCGAAGUAUAUCUAGAGACAAGAAUGCUUCUGAAUUCCUGUAUCCCGAACACUAUACCCUCUCCAAGAUGAUGACUGGCGUCAAAAGUGGUAUCCUCCAUCAAGGCAUCUUUAACGUAUCGCCGUACAAUUACCUUGAAGCCUCGGUCAAGGUUCCCGCCUUUCCCAAAGCGCUUAUUAUUCUUGGGCGAGAAAAUAUCAACCGCGCAGUAGACGGAGACGUCGUUGUCGUGGAGGUUCUCCCCCAAGACCAAUGGAAAGUGCCUUCCACAAAGAUUAUCGAGGAAGAGGCUAUUACGAAGAACGAGAAUGCCGAUAACGAAGAGGGAGACGACCUAAUUACAGAGCAGGAGAGGCGGGCCCUCCAAGAGCAAGUCAAGAAGACACAUGGACUAAGCACAGAAGGUCGACCACAGCCCACCGCAAAGGUGGUCGGUAUAAUCAAGCGCAACUGGCGUCAAUACGUCGGUCAUGUAGAUCCGUCGUCCGUCAGCCAAUCCGGCACCCAAGGCAGAAAGCAAGAAAGUGUCUUUUUAAUCCCGAUGGAUAAGAAGGUACCAAAGAUUCGCUUACGUACGAGGCAAGCUGGGGAUAUCGUUGGGAAGCGAAUACUUGUCGCUAUUGACUCGUGGGAUCGCGAGUCUCGACACCCUGUUGGUCACUUCAUCAGAUCACUGGGCGAAUUAGAGAGCAAGGCCGCCGAGACUGAAGCAUUACUGCUCGAGUAUGAUGUCCAGUACCGGCCUUUCCCGAAGACGGUGCUAGAUUGUCUACCUAAGGAGGGACAUGACUGGAUAGUACCGCCCAGCACCGAUGACCCUGGCUGGAAAGAUCGGGAGGACCUCCGAGGUCUUCUAAUUUGCAGUAUCGAUCCGCCUGGCUGCCAAGAUAUUGAUGACGCGUUACACGCGAGACCACUGCCAAAUGGGAACUUCGAGGUUGGUGUCCAUAUUGCGGAUGUUUCGCACUUUGUAAAGCCGAACAAUGCUAUGGAUACCGAGGCGAGCAUCCGAGGAACGACCGUCUACUUGGUAGACAAGCGUAUUGACAUGUUGCCCAUGUUACUAGGUACCGAUCUCUGCUCCUUAAAACCGUACGUGGAGCGUUACGCCUUCUCGGUGCUCUGGGAAGUGAAUCAAAACGCCGACAUUAUCAACGUGCGAUUUACCAAAUCUGUUAUCAAGUCCCGCGAAGCAUUUAGCUACGAACAGGCACAACUACGUAUUGAUGAUGCAUCCCAGCAAGACGACCUAACCAAGGGAAUGCGAACGCUACUAAUGCUAUCGAAGAAGUUGAAACAGAAGCGAAUGGAUGCUGGUGCUCUAAGCCUCUCGUCGCCCGAAGUCAAGGUCGAGAUGGAAUCGGAAACCUCGGAUCCGAUCGAUGUCAAGACCAAGGCGUUGCUAGACACCAACUCCCUCGUGGAAGAGUUCAUGUUACUCGCCAACAUCAGCGUAGCGAGCAAGAUCUACGAAGCAUUCCCUCAAACAGCUAUUCUACGACGCCACGCCGCGCCACCAAAGACCAACUUUGACGAGCUGGCCAAUCAACUCAAAGUAAAGCGCGGGUUGGAAUUGCGUUUCGACUCGUCGAAAGCACUAGCCGACUCUCUAGACCAAUGCGUAGAUCCGCGUGAGCCCUUUUUCAACACGCUCGUGCGUAUCAUGGCGACACGGUGCAUGAUGAGUGCCGAGUACUUCUGCGCAGGUACCCAGGCAUUCCCCGAGUUCCGACACUACGGUCUGGCCUCCGAGAUCUACACGCACUUCACGAGCCCUAUCCGUCGAUACGCCGACCUGGUCGCCCACCGCCAGCUCGCGGCCGCCAUCGAGUACGAGCCCAUGCACCCCGCGGUGCGCUCGCGCGGGCGCCUCGAGGCCGUGUGCAAAAAUAUCAACGUGCGGCACCGCAACGCGCAACUCGCGGGCCGCGCCAGCGUCGCGUACUACGUCGGGCAAUCGCUGCGGGGCCGGGUCGCGGAGGAGGAAGGGUUCGUGAUGAAGAUCUUCAGCAACGGGUUCGUCGUCCUGGUCCCCCGCUUCGGCAUCGAGGGCCUGAUCCGCCUGCGGGACCUCGCGGACCCGGAGCCCGAGAGCGUGUUCGACGCGGACACGUACACGCUCAAGACGAGCGGCAGCAGGGAGGUCACCGUCGAGCUGUUCAUGAAGGUGCUGGUGAGGAUCCAGGACGUCAAGGACGAGGCGACGGGGAAGAGGGGCGCCAAGAUGGAGCUUAUUAGGGCUGGUUAG